AUGUUCAAGAAGAAACCAAACAUCAAGCCCCUCUCCCCGCUCAAGUCCAGCGACCGCCGCAGGACCGCCGACCACAUCAUUGCAGACUUCGCUAUUGAUAUCCCCCUCGACCCCGACCCCGCCGCCACUCCCAACACCGACCCCGCCGCCGCCCCCAGCGACAAGGCGCCAGCAGCAGCAGCGUCGUCGUCGACGGCCGCCCUCACUGCCCUGCGCAAGUCGCUUCUCCCAGAAAACACCCUCUCGGCGCGCUUCACCACCACGGCCGGCCCAGACCUCAGCCAAGUCUCAGGCACCAUAUACGUCGGCAGCCACGAUGCAACAGCCGGCGAGCAGCGAGUCCUCUGGGUCAAGGUCGCCGACCGCAUGUACCCCACCGUCUACACGCUCUGGCACAACCCCCGCAUCGUCCCUCUGCUCUACACCCCGCUCGUCGUCGUCGAGAAGCUGCAGGCCGGCGCCGACCUGAUGACCCCUGGCCUUCAGCGAGGCCCGCCGUUUCCUGCAAAGGCCACCAAGGGCGCCAUUGUCGCCAUUGCUAGCCUCGAGGCCCCAACCGUGCCCAUGGCUGUCGGAGAGUGCACCAUAGACGUCAGUGCGCUGGGAAAUGUACAAGGAACAAAGGGCCAUGCCGUAUCCACGUUUCACUGGGCAGGCGACGAGCUGUGGUCCUGGAGUCCAGCAGGCAAGCCAGGUCGCGACCCGCCCGACCUUCUCGACGGCUGGGACGACGACAACAAUCAAGACGCGAGCCUCGCUCAACACACUGCUGCCAUUGAUCUCGACGACCAACAAGGUGGCGUCGCACUCGACUCUACUACCGCCGACCGCUCCCAGGCUGAACAGACUCAGGGUGUCGAUGGCGAAGACGCUCCGUCAAAUCCCGGUUUCGUUGAUGUUGUGGAAGACAAAGAGUUGACGACAAAGGAAAUUGACGAUGCUUUCAAAAACGCCUUUCUAUUUGGCGUGCGGCACCACAUGGACCACAACAGAGACCAUCCGAGCUACGGCUUCGAAUUUCCUCUAUCACAGUCGCACGUCAUGUCGCAGCUCGUCCAACCCUUUCUCCCCACCUACACCCCUGCGCGAACCGCUUCCUUGCAAAUCAAAAAGACAAGCUGGAAGAAUAUCAAGAAAUUCAUCAAGUUUCUAGACAAGCAGCUCAUUGUCAGGUCCAAAGACCGUGAUGGCAACGAGGUGGUUAUCCUCGACAUUGAUUUCAAAGAUCGCCAGAUAGAAUCCUUUGUUCCGUACAGGUUACCCAAGAAGGAUACCACGGCUGCGACAAGUGCAAAUGGAAAGGCCGCGGCGUCGCCAUCAGCCGAAUCUGCGCUUGGCCAGAAAUUGAAGCUAGUUUCUUUGCUGCGACCCAAAGAGAAGCUGGCUCCCAUCCUGAAUGCGUCCAAAGCAGACAUUCGCAGUCUAUACACACCUGCCCAACUCAAGCAGUUCCUCAUUGCCUAUGUCGAGGCAGAGAACUUGGUUGACCAGAAGAACAAGCGUCUCGUCCGGAUAAAUCCUCAGCUCGCAGACGCUCUAUUGGGCUCGUCAGCAGCCGACAACGCGGCACUCUCGUCAGGAGCCAUGCCCAGAGACGCCCUAGCAGAACGCAUGAUUGGUGCUGCUGCUGCCUCCCCGUUCCACGCUAUUCUUCGCAACGAUGCCAACAUUGCUGACACAAAGCCCAAAGCCGGUGCCCCGCCCAAGAUUCACAUCACGCUUGAGACACGCAGUGGCAACAAGACUGUGACCAAAGUGCACGGCUUAGAGCCCUACUACAUUUCCCCCCAGCCACUGGCUGACGAGUUGAGAAAGACAUGCGCAGGUAGUACAAGUGUUGACAAGCUGCAAGGAUCGAGUCCCAAAGCGCCCGUCAUGGAGGUCAUGGUGCAGGGCCCUCAAAAAGACGCCAUCUUGAAGGCAUUGGAGAAGCGAGGCGUGAACAAAAACUGGGUCGAGAUUGUAGACAAGACAAAGGGCAAGAAGAAGUGA